AUGACGCAAACUACGUCCUCCGUCUCUUCGGCGAUUGGCUUUCUGUCACGCUCACUUGGGAUCAUGAAAGGAGUUCACUGGGACUCCGGAAUGAAUAUUCCGGAUCACACAUCAGGCGCGUUCCGGUGUUUCGACGGCUGGUUGAGCCACUUCCGCUUCCACAAUCGCUCGUUGUCUCCCAUCCACGUUCGCAUCGUUUACGACGAGAAGAAAACUCCUUCUGGACUUUGUGAACGGGACGAUGACCACUCGAAACUCGUGGAGUUGCACGCUUUACUCAUCCUACUCAGCACUUCAUCUGAAGGAAUAAUUCACUUCCGUUCCCAAUUUUACGAUUGGAUGAAGCUCAUUUGGGUUUGGAAAGCACGUACUUUGUUUCUCUACCGUCAAGUGUGUGGAAUCGAGAUAGCAUCCCGUCCGGAUAGCAAUCCGAAGCAUGACACACUUUACAACGUGGAGAAACGAGUGAGUUCUUUACGUCGAGAAGUGUACACUGCGCUGGUUGAUCUUGGGGAGGAAGGAGAGGCGGAAUUGGCGAGUGCAUUUGAAGGUAAACGCGAGGUUUCAUCCGCUCAAAGUGCCUCUUUUAAUGACGAGAUGACGACAGGGCGUCGAAGCUUUUUACUAACGCCGACCGAAGUAAUGCGUUUAAAUGACGGUAAUUUAUCGGAUGGAGACGAACCGGUAAAUGAGAGCUGGGAUCCCGCUCAAGGUGACGAGCAAGACGACGACGAAGACGACGAGGAAGACGAGAGUUUAGACGAUGGAGACAAUGACGACGACGAAGACGACGCUGAAGAAAAUAGAGCGGAGUUCGUGGAGGAGCUGAUGCUGAUGGGAUUUCCGGAAGAUUGGUGCGUGCUGGCGUUAAAGCAAACCGAGAACGAUAUCGUCAAUGCGUCGGCCUGGAUUGUGGACAAUCUGGAAUAUCUGAUGAAGAGAGAAUUGAACCAACUUGACCUUCAAGAUCUUGUCCGCCAGCUGCGAGAAUUCGAGAACACGUUGUCAAUCCUGUAUGCUCGUCAGAUUAUGGCCACAGUGCUACAUCAGACAAGACACAGUCGCGAGUUGAGUCAAGGUCGACUGUUAUUCUCUCAGUAUCUCCAGGGGUACGUGGAACUGCUGCACGUUCUACAGGGCGUUACUGGGUUUAACGUGGCCCCAACACCUGCCGCUCAUAUGGUCGCUAGUAGCAGUGGAGAUGCGUCGGAAUCGGAAGGUUGUUUGCUGCUGUUUGACCGCAAACGCACUCGCAGUAGCUUGUUAUCCUUCGCAGAAGACAACCUCAGUGUGUCGUACUCUGGGAAUGAGGUAUGGAAAGCUGCGUGUGCCUUCACGAGCUUCUCGACUGGCGUGCAUUCGUGGCUGGUGCGUAUUGAAAAGUCUAGUUCUCCGUAUCUCUUUGUAGGGGUCGCUACUCGACAAGCGAACUUGGAUUCAUUCCUUGGAGCGGACGAUCAAUCUUGGGGUUUUAUUGGCGAUAAAGCACUGUACUACCAGCGGAACCGCAUACGAGCAUACGGCGAGACAUUCACGGAAGGAGAUUGCAUUGGGUUACAGCUGGAUUGCGAGAAAGGCGAGCUUUCGUUUAGUAAAAAUGGAGUGGAUUUGGGUGUGGCGUUCGAUAAUAUUGUGGGUUCAGUGUCCCCCGCUGUGGCCUUUUACUCGCGACAUCAGAAGAUCUCCUUCGUUAAGGAUAGUUGUACCGUCCCAUGCGAGUGGAAAUGGCUACUGCUACGUUCGAAAUGA